CGUAAAAGGAUAGAGUUGUCUACAUCUAGUAAAUUAAACUAAAGAUAGAUAGGUUAUUGAAAACGGCUGUUAGUUAACAUUAACUGGAAUUUUGGUGCAACCGGGCCUAAAUCAAAUCAAAAUCUUUCAAUUUUAAUCGCACAAUAUUUGCAGUACAUUGCACUUAUAUUGGGUUAAUAUAAAUGUUUGUGACACUUGAUUUUAAGCGUUAAUUUGUACAUCAUUAGUACAAGAACGGUCGUCAAAAGAAAUUAAAUAAAAUUAUUUAUUUUUAUUAGCGAUUGGAGUGAUCUUGCUGAAAGCUGAUCGAAAUCUCCGUUACAUACCGAGAUCUCUUAAAGGAAGCCUGCAGUUAUAACAAUUUAAAAUGGCCCCAAAUCAUUCCGACGGAGACUUGUUGGUGCAACCAUUCGAAGACCUGGAAAAGCUGGUGCCUGGUCGUAUUACACCCAGGAAGUACGUCAUCGACUACCCACACGUGGCGCUGUUUGGUUAUGGAAAUGCAGCAGCCUGUUAUGGCCUAUAUCUGGCUAUUACUAAGGCCACCUGGAAUACCAUUAUUUUCAAUUGGUUAAUAUUUGUGCUGGCGUCUGUCGGAGUGACAGCCGGCGCUCAUCGCCUGUGGAGUCACCGGGCCUUCAAAGCGAAACUUCCGCUUCAGAUACUUCUGAUGGUGAUGCAGACUCUGUCAUUCCAGAGAACUGUGGCUCAUUGGGUACGAGACCAUCGGUUGCAUCACAGAUACAGUGACACCGACGCAGAUCCACACAAUGCUUCCCGCGGCUUUUUCUUCUCUCACAUCGGGUGGCUGCUGGUCAAGGAACACGAAGAAGUGGAGAAGAGGAUCAAACAUGUUGACAUGAGCGACAUACUCACCAAUCCUGUGCUGAAGUUUCAAUAUGACUUCGCAGAACCGUUCAUCAUCAUCGUGAGCUUGCUAUCUCCAACAAUAAUACCGGUCUACUUCUGGGGAGAGAGCCUGAACGUUGCUUGGCAUCUGGCAGUCCUCCGCUGCACCAUAAACCAACACAUGACCUUCCUGAUCAACAGCGCCGCUCACAUUUGGGGCAACAAACCCUACGAUCAUAGAAUUAAGCCAGCCCAGAAUCUGUCGGUGUCAGUGGCCAGUUUCGGAGAGGGCUUCCACAACUACCAUCAUACUUUCCCCUGGGACUAUCGAGCUGCAGAACUUGGGAACAAUUGGCUGAAUUUGACAACGCUGUUCAUAGAUUUCUUCAAGUGGAUCGGAUGGGCUUAUGAGCUGAAAAUCGUGGAUGAAGAUACUGUGAGGAAUCGCGCGAAAAGGACUGGUGAUGGAAGUGACCUUUGGGGGUUGAAUCGAACUAUGCAGAAAUAGUUAUGCAAAAAACAAUAGAAUAAAUACAUUAUAUUGUU